AUGGCCACCGUCGAGAAUCUGGGGCCAAACCAGGCCUCCUACGACUAUGUUAUUGUCGGAGGCGGCACGGCGGGCUGCGUCAUUGCGAGCCGUCUAGCUUCAGAACUCCCCACUGCCAGCAUCCUGCUCAUCGAGGGUGGCGACAGCGACCUCGGCAAAGAUUACCUCCACGACCUCAAGCUCCAGGUAAACAGUUGGGGAGGCGACCAUGAUUACCAAUAUAACUCAGUGCCUCAGCCAAAAGGAAACAGCCUCAUACAACACUCCCGGGGCAGGAUCCUCGGGGGAUGCACGAAUAUUAAUGGUUGCAUCUCGUUCCGGCCUCUCGAGUAUGAUAUGAGAAAGUGGCAGGAAGCUGGCGCUCACGGAUGGACUUUUGACGAGAUCAUGAGGCUCGUAGACAAGUUGCGGAUCACGGUCAACAACAUCCUGCCCAAGUACCAUAACUCGGUCGACCUGGCCCUCUUGCAAGCAGCUCAGAAGGCCUUCGGUAUCCCCAGUACCGAAUCCUUCAACAGGGACGUUGUGCACACGGGCAAGAUCGUGCCGUCCGCAGGCCAUUUGGCUAUAGCCCAUGACCCCCAAAAUGGCUACCGCAGCAGUGCCAGCAUCGCCUAUAUCCAUCCCAUUCUGCGCGGGGAGGAAAGGAGGCCAAACCUGACUAUCCUCACCAGCGCCUGGGUCCAUCGCAUUAACUUUGUUGACAACAUCGCUGCCGGAGUCAGCCUGACGCUUAAGUCGGGCCGCAAGAUUGCCGUCAAGUCGGCUGUCGAGACCAUCCUCUGCGCGGGUGCCUUCGAUUCGCCGCGGCUGUUGCUCCUCUCCGGCAUUGGAUCAAGCGAUCAGCUCAAGAGCUUCAAUAUUCCCGUGGUCGCGGAUGUUCCGGGAGUGGGAGAGAACCUGAUGGACCACGCCGAGACCAUCAUGAUGUGGGAAAUGAAGGCACCUGUUCCGCCCGAGUCGGUCAUAUACUCGGAUGUAUGCUUCUUCCUACGUCGUGAGGCAGAGAAUUCACAGGGAGACGACGGCGACAUCCAGGAUGCCAUGUUCCACGUCUUCGCGAUUGGUUUUGACGAUAAUAUGGCUCGCCAUGGGUACCAUGCCCCUGAGAACGCCUACUGUCUGAUUCCGAAUCUCCCCAGGCCCCGUUCCCGCGGCCGUAUCACAUUGCUGUCGUCCGACCCCAAGGUUCGGCCGGCGGUUGACUUCAGAUAUUUUACUGAUGCGGAGGACUACGACUUGAAGACAAUCCUCUUCGAGCUCCGAGCUGGCCGCAAGCUCGCGGCGACGGCUCCCUUUAAGGAUCUCAUCAAGCGAGAAGUCGCGCCCGGCCCGGCUGUCCAGACCGAGGAGCAGCUCAUCGACUACGCUCGCAAAACCCACGGCACCGUCUUUCAUCCAUGCGGAACGGCCAAGAUGGGCGACACUCACAAUGACAGCAUGGCCGUCGUAGAUCCUCAGCUUCGUGUCCGCGGCGUCCAGAGGCUGCGCGUCGUUGAUGCCAGUGUCUUCCCACUCAUUCCGUCCAUCAACCCGAUGCUGACAGUCUACGCCGUUGCCGAGAAGGGCGCCGAGAUGAUCAUCAAGGACUAUGUUUCAGCUCAACCAAGGCCGAGGAUCUGA